GUGCUCUAAGACAAAUGCUAAACCUAAACCAGCCACAAACAAAAGCUAUGGCUGCAGAACCAGUUUGGAAAAUUUUGGUCUAUGAUCGAUACGGACAAGAUAUCAUCUCACCUUUAAUUUCAAUAAAAGAAUUACGAGAAUUGGGUGUCACUCUUCAUGUACAGUUGCACUCGGAUCGAGACCCAAUACCGGAUGUGCCAGCUGUAUAUUUCUGCAUGCCUACUGAGGAGAAUCUGGGCAGGAUAGGACAAGACCUCAACAACAAUGUGUACGACAUCUACCAUCUCAACUUUAUCUCACCGAUCUCAAGACAGAGGCUGGAGGACUUGGCUGCCUCUGCCCUCCAGGCCAACUGUGUCUCACAUAUCCAUAAGGUAUUUGACCAAUAUUUGAACUUCAUAUCUCUGGAAGAUGACAUGUUUAUUUUAAGACAUCAGAACAGUGACUCAAUCUCCUAUUAUGCCAUUAAUCGUGGAGAGUCCAAAGACACGGAGAUGGAACAGAUCAUGGACAGCUUGGUGGACAGCCUGUUCUCAGUGUUCGCAACUCUAGGCACAGUUCCGGUGAUAAGAAGUCCUAGAGGUAAUGCAGCUGAAAUGGUGGCUGAGAAACUGGACAAGAAAUAGGAAAACCUGAGGGACACAAGGAAUAACUUGUUCACAGAUUCGACCCAGUCUACUCACUUUAGUUUCCAGAGAGUGAUGCUGAUCAUCCUGGACCGCAACAUGGACAUGGCGACCACUCUGCACCACACAUGGACGUACCAGGCACUGGCUCACGAUGUGUUGGACCUCAGCCUGAACCGUGUGGUGGUGGAGGAGGCCAGUGGCAAAUCGCCCCAAGGGUGGAGUACGCAGCAAGGCUCGGGCGUGUGACCUAGACAAUCGGGACAAGUUCUGGACUACCCACAA